AUGGCUCGGUCGCUUCUCCUCUCCGUCCCCGCUCCGAUGAGGCCGCGGCUUCUCAGAGGGCCCCGAGGGUUCAUCCCCUCCAUGGGUAGUUUUACGCACAGGAGAAGGAUUGGGGGUGCGUGGCACUACAAUGCCGGCCCUACCAGGGGGAAUUCUCCCGUGAUGAUGGCCUCUGUGUCAGAAUUCCCCAGCGAGAAACGGUACCCAACGAUAAAGUCCGACUCGACGGGACCGAUCCCUGCCAAGGAACUCCUCCAGGUGGUGGAGCUGGCCGCCAAGACUGGAGCCGAGGUAACCCACAUUUUGCUUACCUAUUUUGUUCUCGGUUUCUUGUUUAUUUGAGGCAUGAAUCAGUUUCCCCUUUUUUUCACAUGCUUAUGCGUUUCUCCUCGCGGUUUGUUGUUCUUGUUCUUAAAACUGUUAUUUUUUGUUUACAGGAUUUAUGCAUCCUUUUAAAUUAUAACACACCAGGAGGGUUUUUUUUUUCUUCUGAAUAUUUAUCUAUAUAUAUAUAUUGUGUAUCUGACGUAACCCUGUUUAUUCUGCUCAUUUUUCAGGUUGUGAUGGAAAAUGUCGAUAAACCCAGAAACAUUAUCUACAAAGGAAUUACAGACUUGGUCACAGAGUAAGUAUGAAUCAUUUUCAUGUUUGAAAUCAGCAGAUUAACAAUGAAGUUAUUCAAGCUCCAUAUUACUGUGGAGUAUCCAAAAUAUUCAGGAUAUGUGGUGGUGCUUCUUGUAGACUCGUCUUUCUCUUGGGUUUCUGGAAUGAAAAUUUCACUGAUCUUCUUGGGGUUUUCUGCGUAUUUUACGAUCAUCAUCAAAACUUCUCUUUAUUUGUAUAAGAUUUUAAUGAUAACCAUCAUCAUCAUGUUCCCACAAUGAGCCACCCUUUGCUUAAACACACGGAACGGAUUGUGACCCUCAAACUUCACCACCCUGAUGAUUAUCUUAUCUCUUCUCUUUCUAAAAAAUAUCAGUUUCCCUUUUUCCAUGACGAGAAUCUAAUUCCAUUUUUAUUCUUAUUUGAUGGAAUUUUUUUCAUGUCAUUUCAUCUUCGGUAAAUUGGAACAUUUUACCUUUAGGGAGUGGAGUUUGAACGAAUACAGCCUUGAGUUGUGGUACAAAUCCAUGCCACACAUCAGCUUAUAAUUUACUAUGUUGAUGGUUGUCAUGCAAUGUUCCUUAAUCUUUAGUAUUCUGUGGGUGGUCCACAUGUAAACUUAUGGAUUAUAUGCCUAGUGGAGCAAUGUAUCAUAGCAUCUGGUGGAUGAAUUCUCAAUAUAUACCAGACACAUCCAUGCAUGACUAGUCUUCUAGUCAUAACUGGGUAUCUUCUUGUCCUCGGUACUUCUUGCGAGUUUUCUUAGUCAUCGCUUCCACUUGCCUGAUAGAUGCUGCCUGUUCAAGUUUUGCUGAACCGAUGAUUUCUUCGAUCAUAUUUUGGAUUUUAAUCAGUUGAAUUAGGAUCCACUGAAAUAUUCUAACAGUUAUGAUGAAACUUUCAAUUGGGAAGAUGCCAAAAGUCGAUGUCUCUAACAGUGUCACCAAAAUUCAUUAACUAGAAUGAAUCACUAUGCCAAAAGCCAGAGUCUACUGCCCAACUCCGAAUCAAAGGAUUAUAUUUCCAGAAAAAUAGAAAAAAAUAGAUUUGGAGAUGCCUCAUUCACCAACAUGGGAGCUUAGGCGUAUCUCAGUAAAACAGAGACUACUCUCAAUUUCAGAAAGUUUUACCCCAAGAGACGCAUAUGAAUCGAAUGAAAGCAUUUGUAAUACAUUACUGCUUUAAGGAUUCGGUCAGAAAAUUUCUAUCCUCAACGCACUUGCAGAAAAAUCUCCUGUUCUCAUUUCCCCCACUGGACUCUACAAACCCCCCAUGGUUGUAUUCAAGCAUUGAGAACCUACAUUUGGGAGCUUAUUGCUGCAAUUUGGGAUAUUUCUCACUUUCUAAGGUAGCAUUGCUGAGAUAUCAUCGGAAGUUCAAAAUGUCAGUCGUUUCUCUGUCUCUAAGAUUUCUCCUGAACCGUAAAUUCCUCUAUUAUCCCCUGAUACUCUAUGAAUCUUAUCAAUUACUUUUCAUUUGUUUGCUUGGCUUAUACAGAGUGCUAAAGGUUUCAACUUGGGGUUGAAAUGGCUCCCGAUUAUCAUCAUAAAAACAUUCUUCCGUGCCAUUAUUGACUUGAAACAUACAUGAUAGAAACUAGUUUCUGCAAGAAUUCCUCUUUGGAUUGGUUGAAGUAUAGAGGGUUUGAUAGCUGUACACGUUUCAAUUUAUCUUAUAUUUUAUUCAAUCAAUCUUCACCACUCCUAGCCAUUGUCUUUGGCUUCUUGCAGACAUUUUCCCAUUGAUCUGUCUUUCUAUCCUCUUUAUGGAAGAAAGAGUUCUGAUUGUUUUGUCUGUUGAGUGCAGGAUUCAGAGACAUCAGGAUGAAUGGAAUCUCCAUCAUUGUUAAUGUUAACGGAAAGCAGCUCAUAUUUUUUGUGUAGUUGUUGGUCUUCAACCCUGAAAUCAUUUUGCAAAAAAAUGAGCAAUUUGCCUAGGAUUUAGGUAUUUUUCUUGUUACAACCCAACUAUAAUGCUGUAACCUGUAAAAUACCUUCAGUGAGUUAAAUAUAUUUGACAGAGCUCAGUCUUGCCACUGUGUGUAAAUGGAAAUGGUUUGUCACGGUUUAAUCAUGACCUUGCUAAAGGUUCAAUGAAAAACUAAAAAACAGGGUUCACCAAUGAGUACAGUGAAAAAUCUGGCUGUAGUAAUGCGUGCUAUUCAAUGGCUCCAUUUUUGCUUGAAACCUAUUUCUAUCGUAGUCAUCUGAAAAAUUCCAGUUGAUUUGGUCUUAUGCUUUCUGAAAUUCAAUUUAAUCUUAGGUUCUCUCUUCAUCUUAUUUUUUUAAUAGGGAUUCAUUUCUUAAGAUAGUCUAGAAUCCCUCUUAAAAGGCUCUGGUGACUCAAAGGUGGAGAAUUCGAGCUUGCAUGGAUGUGCUACAUCAUGAGUUGGGAGUAUCUAAUUCAAUCCCCAUACACCUUUUUUUUACUUCCCCAUCUAUAUUGCUCCAUCAAAGGGUGUAUAAACCAUUGGUUAGAUCUUUGACACUGAUUUGCUUAGUGAUGCAGUUCACUAGGAUAGUAUUCUCCAAUAAGUCCACAGAUAUCUUGUAAUGAUGAACUACUGAAAUUGUUUAUUUUUAUCUGAGUGUUUUCUUUGCAUUCAAAUCAUAUUUGUAUCCUUUGCUUUUGUAAUGACCUGAGGCCCAGCUCAGUUGAGGAUGGACCUUAGUAUCAUGCACGUAGCAGUGUUACUUGAUACUGGUCAGUCGAAUCCAUUGAGUUACUCGAUGACUGAUGAUCUCGUGGAUGAUUAGUUUUUCCAUUUGCUUCUGUCGAACUAAAUUGUGUUAGUGAGACUUAUUGAACUAAUUUCUCUUGGCUUUUAGCACAGAUAAAAUGAGUGAGGCUGCAAUCCUUGAUGUGGUCAGAAAGAACUUCAAAGAUCACCUUAUCCUUGGUGAAGAGGGUGGGCUUAUUGGGGAUACAUCAUCUGAAUAUCUCUGGUGCAUUGAUCCUCUUGGUACGAUAAUGAUUGAAACGUGAUUCAUUGUUUUGGGUAUUCGUGAUCUACUUUAUACUUGACUUUUUCAAAUUUAGUUUACUUUAGGCAUUUCUGUGGAUCAGAGAUGUUUUAUUCAUUUCAUGAAAUAAAUGAAUUUUUAUAUAUAUAGUUUUAGUACCUCCCUCACAGUCAUACUGUGUAUUUCUAUCAUCCCUCUUGAAACUAAAUAUGUAUGCUCAAGGCUACACAAAGGAUCUUGGAAAAAUAUUCCAUUCAUAUGGGAACCAAUUAAUUAAUGAGGAAUAAUUUCGGGUGCGAAAGAUAUUUAUAAAUAAUUUAUGGAAUUUAUUAGAAGGUAGCAGACAACUGUCUUGCCAGAUAAAUCUGUGAGGACCGUUUUGAAGGUUCAAUAUUUUGGAUUGCUUCAAAAAGAGAUUAAGUGGGUCAUAGUUCCUUGAUGACUUGAUGCUUUCCAAAAGGUUGUGCGAAGAAAUGGAGAAGAACAAAUUUUGAUGCUUUGUGCUUUCAUUCAGUGGUUUCAUUAAACUGAUGUGAGUGUACAGGAAUGGGCUCUCAUUCCAACCGUUCAUUUUUUAAUGGAUAGUCCAUUUUAUUUGCUAGACGCCUUGGAUGAAAGGAAUUGUUGGUUAACUUCUGCGGACGGCUUUUAGUGGAUAACAAGAACGUUUCCAAAAGCAGUAUUUGAGGCUCAAAAUGGUACAGAGUUUUUAUCGUGAUGUAUGACCUGUUCACCAUAGAAUGUCUACGAUGAGAUAAAGCAUGUUCAGUUCUUGGAAUGUGACGUUUUUGAGUUUUCGAGUAACUAAUUUUAAAGCUGAUUGGGAACCGCCACUUUGGUCAUUGGAAUACCAAUUUUUUUAGGUAAAUAGGCAAGAUUGUCUUUCAUGGAAUGCUUCAAAUUUUCCCUCCAAUACACUUAAAAGGUAAACUGUACACAAGCUAUGAAGCUUUGCAUAUUGUGUUGCGUAUUUUAUUUCCUGAUUUACUAUGGUUAGUUUUUAUUUCUUUGGUUUUCAUCUAACAAUUUAUGCUGCUUUUCUUUCUGGUUUUCAGUUUUAAAGUAGCUUCAGUAAUUUGAUUCGUCUAAAGUUAGAUGAUUUUGGAGAAAAUGACCUUUGUUUACUCUGUCCUCUUUUAGUGUCUAUAUCCUUCUUAGCUCAAAUUAUCUUGCUUCUGAUUUCCAGAUGGAACUACAAAUUUCGCACAUGGGUACCCUUCCUUUGCUGUGUCUGUAGGGAUUCUUUUUCGUGGAAAACCAGCUGCUGCAUCUGUGGUGACUGCUACUCCCUACUCUCUCGGAUUCAAUGGUCCUAUUUGUUUGAGUUUUCGUUAUGACUGAUGCUUGAUAAGUUUCAAAGGACAUAUGAAAUGGUAAAAUAUAUUGGACUGCCAUCUGAAGGGUAUUCUUUCACAUGCUGUGUCAUAUGGCUCUGUCUUUCAGUUUUUGAUAAGUACUGAGGAAUUAUGGUUGUAAGGUUAUAAAAUUCUGUCUUGAGUUUUCUGCCUGUGUUUUGAUUUUUGUCACUCUAAUGUUAUAUGAAUUUAACGUCUCAGUCACAUCAAAUAAUUGCUAAGUUUAAUGUGAAACUUUUUUUGAUUUCAUUGUGUGCACAACAUGUGUAAAGAAAUACCCAUAGAGUCAGACUUAUGAUGAUUUAUUUGGGCCUUGAGCAUGAUUUCUACCAAAAACUAUUGAAGAUACAUAUUUGUUGAGGUAUCUGGAGCCUAAACAUUGUUCUAGUGUAGAGUUGGCCUGCAGAUCGACCUCGUGAAUAUAAUCUCCUUGGGGAUAUUUUUGUCAUUUUGUACAUAUAUCUGCCCUAAUUCCCUUGAAACAUAGGGAUAAUUUUAGGGCAGCCGUUGGUGUGAUGGAACCUUGCAACUCUUUACGGUGGAUAGUGGAGCCAUGUUUCAGCAAGUGUAAUGUAGAUAAGAUGGAAUCGGUUCCUCUCAAAAGAAAAUCCACUAGGGAUAGCUUGUGAGAAACAUGGGGAAUUUUCCCUCCAGAGGACAGUUCUCUUUUGACAUGUUUGCAAGAUCGAUUGGUCAGAGAACCUCAUAGUGUCAAAACUUCCAAUGAUUCCUUCAAAACUUCUUCAAACUCUUAGUGUCAUGAAGGAAUAAAGGAAGUCCUUCCAAUGACUUGUUAGGUCAGUUACCCUUCAUGUAUCUGAUCAAUAUGAAUGCCUUGUAGAUGUUAUUCGCAUCAAAGUGACUGCACUUGUUCUAAGUUAUCUUCUUUGACAUUUUGUUUGCUAUAGUGAUCUAAGCCACUUUCUUUUGUUUCCUUUUUUCAGGUUGAAUUUGUUGGUGGUGCUCUGUGCUGGAAUACACGCACCUUUACAGCAUCAGCAGGUAACGAUUUUAGUAUUAAAAUAAAGUUGAGUUUUUCUCUCAAGCUUUGUUUUCAAAUCUGCCAACCUGUUGAGUUAAUACAAGCAGUAUUAUGUGGGGGUUUAUUAAACCCCCCAAACUCUUACCAGGCAGCAGUAUGGUAGAAAGUAUGGCGAAAUCAUAACCUUGUAAACACCUACUACAUAUGAAACCUUGAUGACAGUAACCUUUCAUAAAAUAUCCAGACAAAAUAAUGUGCAAUCUAGGGCUCUCUAUACGAUACUAUGUUGAGCUCAACUUAUUUCACUUACUAUUUAUGGUCCUAUUACCAAUUUUUUCUCUAACCCGGGCAAAACGGAAAAUAUGUGAUAUAGGAAUCUUUGAUGGAUUCUCUAUCACAUUUUACCGUAGUUCUUUUCUAAUGUGGAACACUUAUGGGGUGCAUAAUCUUCAGUACUUCAAGUUUUAAAAUAUUUUUCACGUUUGAGCCCGAAAGCCACCCGCUUUAAGGGAAACGACAUGGCACGAAGGUUCUCUCACGAAUUUGUAAAGCAAUCGUUUUAUCCAUAAUCAUUGAUUAUGAAAAAAGCCUUUUCUGUUCCUUCUGCUAUAGUUUCCUUAACCGGAUUACUAUGCACGACCAAAACCCCCCCAAUAAAGAUAAAAAAUGGUGCAAUUUGAACCCCAAGACCAGUCAGAAUAAUUACAUUGAAGGGUCUAAUGGUAUUACUCCCUUAAUGCUGCUUAUUUGCAACCUGAGUUACUGCUGCGUUGUACAAGCUGAUGGUCAAUUAUGGGUGCCAAAAUUCAAGCGAGUGUUUGAAUCAGAGAGAUGUGGCAAGAUAACUAUUUCAUUACUAAAUGAUCUGGCCCUUCCUAUAUCCCUAACUCCAAUUGCCUUCCUGACCCGUACUGAAAAUCCUAACUUAAACGGCAUUUAUGCAUAAGAUUUUUUUUAUUCUUUGAACAAAAUAUUCUCUUGGAAUCAUAGCCACUCAAUUGAAUUGCCUUUAUUUUCCUAUCUCAGCAUGAUUGUUUUUGUGCACUCAGGUGGAGGGGCAUUUUGCAAUGGACAAAAGAUUCAUGUUAGUCAGACUGAUCAGGUACACCCAUGCCAAGUAUCCGAAUUUGUGUAGUCUUGUUACAACUUGCUUUUCAGUUACAAACUAUCCUAGAAAAACUAUAUGAGGAUGCCAUGGUGAAAUUUUCUUCUGAGAUAUUGGAUUCACUACUUUUCUGAAAGAUUAAAUCUGGGAAAGUUAGACCUCUAUAUGGGUUUUAAGGCUUCACCCAAGGCGUCCAGCCUGCCUUGGCGAGGGAUGGAAACAUUAAAAGCCCAUUCAUGUUGCUGGCAUGACAGACACAUCCUUUCGACUGUUUAUCUUGAAUAGCAUAGCCAAAAGUGUGCCAAAUGUGUGAAAGGAUAAUCCGAUGCAUCUGAGUGAUAGAAUGUACCAGAAAGAAAGGGUAGGCUCAGUUUACUGGUUGUUAAAAAUGAUUUUAUUUUAUUUUUAUAAUGCUUCUGUUAUUUUAUUUUUUAAGUGACUGAUUCUGUCAUUGAAAAUCAAUUUAAUGUAUCUAUAAAAGGCAUCGUCCCUCAACUUGUCAACUAGUUGAAAGGUUGUAGUCCAUUAUUUGAUCACCUUGGUUUUGAUUCUUUCUGAAUUCUCUUAUUAGCAUAAUUUAUCAUGUGCCAUUAUUCUUCAUACUUUUUUUUAUCUACUUAAUGGUGUGGUUUGUGCUUCAAAAGGCAAAAACAAUCUUUCAUUCAGAACCUUGCUCUCCCAUGUAAUCCUUGAAGGGUUUGAACUGUGACGAAUCUCAAAGCUAGUAGUGUUAAAUUUUAGGUGACCCUGCAGUUUUCUCGUUAUGCUAUCUCCUCUUAGUAAACAUUGCUCUGUUAUGAUAAUAAAAUGUUAAAGAAAUGACCAAAAAUGAAUCCUUUCUAUUCAUAACUCAGACCACCGUAAAGUUGGAUUAAUAUUUAUGAAGAUCCAUCCAGCAAUCAUAAAUCAUGUUGCCAUGUGGUGCAUUGCCCAUGUCUCUGAUAUUUAUCAAUCUGGACCAUUUAGAAUCGUUAUAUGGAAGGAAGUAGCCAUUCGAAAUUGUUGUUUACCCUCUUUAGCUCAGUUUCUUUAACGGCCUUGUCUCAUAUGUUAAUGGAAGGAACUAAAUGAAAAUACCCACUAAGGUCAGGAGCAAAUGAAUGAUAAAGACAAUGAUGGAUAAUAUGCUGUAAAGAUGCAUCUGUAGUUUAGAGUGAAGUUGUGUCAAAAGACUGUUUUUGAAAUAUUUCUCUGCUCGUGUUUUUGGGUCUAUUGACAUUCUUCUCUUUGAUCUCUUCUCCAGGUGGAACGAUCUCUUCUUGUGACUGGAUUUGGAUAUGAACAUGAUGAAGCCUGGGCUACCAAUAUUGAUUUAUUCAAGGAGUUCACAGAUAUCAGCCGGGUAUGUGCUGCAGAAGUUUCAAUUAAGAGGGGCCUAAUUUUCCUUUGGGCUAAAAUUGCGUGAAUUGCAGGGUGUAAGAAGGCUCGGUGCUGCUGCUGUUGACAUGUCACAUGUAGCUCUGGGUAUUGUGGAUGGCUACUGGGAAUAUCGUCUGAAGCCCUGGGACCUGGCUGCUGGUGUUUUGGUAAUUUUAAUAUCUUCUAUUAACGUUUCAUAAAAUCUCAUGCCUUCCAUCAGUGAUUCAGCUGUCAAUGACUACGAAAAUUAGUUUUCAGUUGUGUUUAUGCUAUUGUUUGUCUCUUUGAUGGCAUAGUUCUUAGUGUGAGAUAUUUACCAUAAAUAACCGAAUAUUAUGUUUUGUUUAUCAGGGAUGGCAUCUUUCCAACUAGGGUAUUACUCAGUGAGUCAUAUUAGUUGUUUACUUCGUGAUGUUUUAUUCAUCAGAGAUGGACUCAACUUUUCAUGCCUAUAUUUUGGUUUACGGGUCACUUCAAGUACCCAAUAUAUAAAUAAAUGAUGCAAUUAGAAGAUCACGAAAGCUAGAUGACUUUGAGAUUUCUCUACGCCAAGAAAGAUAGCUUUAUGACUUUGGGAGCUCAAGCAUUUUCGUUCUUCCAGUCAUGGAGGUUUUUUUGUGCUUAUAUUGUAAAGAAUUAUUUGAAAGUUGAGUCCAAUCUCCUCCCUUCUCUGCAUUUUUUUUUAGAAAUGAAUCAAUAAAUUUAUCAGAAUUGAUUCGUUAUACUUGAGUGAUCUGUCAUCCAAAUGUACCGAUUUAAGGACCCUAAACUUCUAGAGUUUCCUGGCGUAGAGAGGCUCCGACUUGAAUGUUCCCUGUCAUCAGUUUCUCUUAUAAGUUGAGUAUAUUCAACUAAUUAGUGUAAAAGUGUUCAUGUAUGAACUGUAAGAAGAUGCAUUGCGUUCCAAUUCAUUUCCUAUAUGGACUCCUUCCAGACUUCUUUCUUUUUUCAAGUAUUCUUAUUCGUGUAGUGAAAUGACCUCCAGAUGUCGCUAGUCAUUUUUGGAUUCCAUUUAUGGAUGUUUUGCUCCAACAAUAUUUCAAAUUUCUUGUUAUUCAUAUGAAUCCUUUUCAUGAUAUCGUUCUACUUUUUCUUCCAACUGGCUCCAUCCAUGUAGAUGUCGUUUAAUCUUGCAUUGCUCUCCCAAAUGAACUGUCAGUGUACCUUUGGAUCAUUGAAUCUCUAGCUACAUUGAUGAGCAUCUAAAAGAAUAUGUGAACAAUGUUAUCGUGGACAUAUUUCAUGCUGAUGAAGAUUCAAUUAUUUCCUGCUGCUUCACCCUUAAGAAAAUGAGGGUGAUUUUAUGUCAUGUCCAUCAGGUUUUCUUUUGGUUGAUCAUAAAAAAAGAAAAUCCAGUUUCCUAAAUAUGAAAUCUCUAUUCUCUUGCCUUUGAUUCUCUAGAGAAUCGUAGUUGGGGAAUUCGGAGCUCCUCUUUAAGCUGUGUUCUUCACGUCCUGAGCAGAUUGUUGAAGAAGCCGGUGGAACAGUCACGCGGAUGGAUGGAGGAGAAUUCACCGUAUUUGAUAGAUCAGUCUUGGUCUCGAAUGGGUUUCUCCAUGGAAAGGUGUGGACUGUAAACUUUUCUGAAUAUAGAUGAUGAGCAUAAGUUUAUCCUUGGUUAUCUAAAGUUUUCAUAUUAUUUGGUGGAUGAUAAUCAAAAACCCAUGAAACUAUGCGAAUCACUAACGUGAUAUAAUAUCACUUCCAUCUCUAGCGUUUAAAAACUCACUAUGCUGCAAUCCAUUACUUUUUUCUCAAAUGAACCUAGUGAAGCUGAAAGUGGGUCAUGAUUGUUGCAAAUCCUAGAUCUCUUACUUGAUAAAUCAAAAACAUUUCAAUCAAGUAGCCUCAUCGAGGAAGUAAGAAAUGUUUUCCAAAUCAUAUUUUUCAUGUAGAGAAAUUCUAUUCUAAUGAAUAAUGAUCAUGACUUUAGCAGCAUGGUUCCCCGUUGUUGUAGAAUCAUUAAUUCCAAUUUAUAUGGUAUUGAGGAUUCUCUACGCUUUGUAUUUCUCUAUUUUUUUCUGAUUUUUUUUUUUUUUAAAAUUCAGCUCCUGGAGAGGAUUUCCCCGCCAACAGAGAAGCUGAUGAAUGAUGGUAUCAACUUCUCAAGAUGGUUUAAGCCAGAAAACUACACCGCAGAUUUUUAA